UGGAAGGUCUCUCUCUCUCAAUCUGAUUGCGCUUCCGUAGCCCGGGAUCGGGCACGCGCGUUUUCGCCGCGGCCCCUUUUAGAGGCGGGCCCCGGGCGCGCGCUCCCGGAAGACGCUGGGCGCUCCGGACCGGUCCCCUCCGGCUCCCUGCACCCCGUCUCCCCGCGACCCGGGUUGCCGCCGCUCAGCCCCUGGCGCCGAUCCCGGACCCCCGGCCAUCUCGCGCCGGGCCCGGGUCGCCGGGGCGCGUCUGAGCCUUGCGAGAGCGUCCGCGCCGAUGGCUGGCUGUUGAGUCCCGUGGGCCCCGGGCGCGGGGAUGGGGGCUCCCUGGCGCUUGUCGGUCAGGGUCUGCGUGUCGCGCCUGCGGCGCCUGGAGCUGGGGCCCUCCGGGGCCGCUCGCCACGCUCGGCUCCGCUGGCUUCUGCUGGGCGCCCUGCCCAGGCUCAUCUCCGCGGACGGGGACGGCGGCGGCGGCGGCUUGUGCCAGCCGCGGGCACGCGGGAGCGGCCCGGCCGGCCGUGCGCCCGGGACCACCGUCGCCGACCCAGGGCGCGGCGGCUGCGGUCUCCUGCGUGCCCGGGUCUGGCUGCGCGCCUGUGCCCUCCUGGUGAAAUUCCUCCCCCUGCUCCUCCUGUACCCGCUCACCUACCUGGCUCCCCGGGUCUCCACGCUCUGGCUCCACCUGCUUCUGAAAGCCACGGAGACCUCGGGCCCCACCUACAUUAAGCUGGGCCAGUGGGCCAGCACGCGGCGCGACCUCUUCUCCGACGCCUUCUGCGCCCGGUUCUCCAAGCUGCACGUCCAGGUGCAGCCCCACGCCUGGGCGCACACGCAGCGCGCCCUCCAGCAGGCCUUCGGGGAGCGCUGGGACAGCGUCCUGGUGUUCGAGAACCGGGAGCCCGUGGGUUCUGGGUGCGUGGCCCAGGUGUACAAGGCGUAUGCCCGCACUGCCCUGCUGCAGGAGCGCAGCGUCCAGAGCCUCGGGGCGGCGGGGGCCCUGAGGCAGCUCCUUCCUCCAGGCGAUCUCGCAGACCAGUCAGUUCUAGAAAGGCUGCUUCUGCCCGAGGCCGGCCUGGUCCGGUCCGGUGCGGGCAGGUCUCAGGCCCCCGCCGCCGGCCGUCAGCCCGAGCAGGACCACCUCAUCCCAGUGGCCGUGAAAGUGCUGCACCCUGGCCUGCUCUCAGAGGUGCGUAUGGACUUGCUGCUGAUGAAGAUGGGCAGCCGGGCCCUGGGCCUCCUGCCAGGAAUCAGGUGGCUGAGCUUGCCUGAGGUGGUGGAAGAAUUCGAGGCGCUCAUGGUCCGACAGAUCGAUCUGCGGUACGAAGCUCAGAACCUGGAGCGCUUCCAGCGCAACUUCCGGAACGUGACGUCGGUCAAGUUCCCCACCCCCCUGCGCCCGUUUGUCACCAGGGAUGUCAUGGUGGAAACUUACGAAGAGAGCGUGCCCGUGUCCAGUUACCAGCAGGCGGGCACUCCUGUUGACCUGAAGAGGAGGAUUGCGCAGCUGGGGCUCAGCAUGCUUCUGAAGAUGAUAUUUGUGGACAACUUUGUGCACGCGGACCUCCACCCUGGGAACAUCCUGGUGCAGGGAGCCCACGGUCGCCCCACGAGCUGGGAGGCACAGCUACAGACGCUGGACAUUUGCGACACGCUGGUGGUGGCCGCGAUGCCCACCCCGACCCCACUGCGCCUGGUGCUGCUGGACGCAGGCAUCGUGGCCGAGCUGCGCCCCGCCGACCUGCAGAACUUCCGGGCAGUUUUCACGGCCGUGGCCCUGGGGCAGGGCCGCAGAGUGGCUGAGCUCAUCCUGUGUCACGCCCGGGCCAGCGAGUGUGGGGACGUGGAGGGCUUCAAGGCUGAGAUGGCCACGCUGGUGGCCCAGGCCAGGAAGAACACCAUCACGCUGGAAAAGCUUGACGUUUCCAGCCUUCUGUCCAGUGUCUUCAAGCUGCUGAUGACCCACAGGGUGAAGCUUGAGAGCAACUUCGCCUCGAUUGUGUUUGCCAUCAUGGUGUUGGAGGGGCUCGGCCGCUCGCUGGACCCCAAGCUGGACAUCCUGGAGGCAGCAAGGCCUUUCCUUCUCAGAGGGCCAGUGUCGUCCCCUGACGGUGGCGGGGGUGUGCCGCGAGCUGCAUGGGGGAGCUGAGGGCUGCUCCCAGGGGCCUCUCUGGCUGCGGGAACGUUUAGCUUUAGGGCACCGGGAGGGCACAGCAGCCGUGAUUUGAUUUCGGGGUCUGUUUGGAAAGCUGGGGUUACCUGGGGAGAACGAGGCGGGAAGGGCCCCGUCACUCCGUGUGCAGGGUGGGCCCGGUGCCAGGGACACUCUUCAUGGGAGCACUCUCUGGAGAGGAAUGCAGUCACGUCCUCCCGUUUUCCCUUCGUACUCGUCUUCACUCCCUAGUCACCGUUGGCAGUGCUCGAUUCUCAUUUUUAGGCUAAAAACUGUCGUAAAAUCCUGUAGACCUGUGGUUUGAGGAUUUCCCCUCAUUGGUAAAAGGUUGACAGUACACAGACGUGCACACACGGUGCUACCACCACUAGCAAAUCUCUCAAGGGAAAACACACUCUCAAAGAAAAUCUCAUGUACUUCAAAGUAUCUUGUUGAUAGUUUAAUAUCUUGAUGACUUCUUGCUAAAGCUUGUUACCAAAGCUUCACCAAGUAAAACAAUGACUUUUUUUUUUGGACAGGCAGAGUGGACAGAGAGAGAGAGAGACAGAGAGAAAGGUCUUCCUUUGCCGUUGGUUCACCCUCCAAUGGCUGCUGUGGCCAGCGCACCGUGCUGAUCUGAAGCCAGGAGCCAGGUGCUUCUCCUGGUCUCCCAUGGGGUGCAGGGCCCAAGCACCUGGGCCAUCCUCCACUGCACUCCCUGGCCACAGCAGAGAGCUGGCCUGGAAGAGGGGGAACCGGGACAGAAUCUGGAGCCCCGACCAGUACUAGAACCCGGUGGGCAGGCGCCGCAAGGCGGAGGAUUAGCCUAGUGAGCCGCGGCAUCGGCCAGAACAAUGAUUUUUAAAAGUAUUUAUUUGAGGCUGGCAUUUCCACUUGUGAUGCCAGUAUUUCAUAUGGGUGCCGAUUUGGGUCCCGGCUGCUCCACUUCCUAUCUAGCUCCCUGCUGAUGGCCUGAGAGGGCAGCAGAAUGUGGGAGACCAGAUGAAGCUCCUGGCUCUUGGCUUCAGCUUGGCUGGGCCCUGGCUGUUGUGGCCAUCUUGGGAGUGAGCCAGUGCAUGGAAGCCCUCUCUGUCUCCCUGUCUCUGUGUGUCACUCUGCCUUUCAAAUAAAUACAAUAAAUCCUAAAAAACCCAAAGAUUUAUUUAUUUAUUUGAAAGGCAGAGUGACACGCAGAGAGGGAGACAGAUCUCCCAUCUGCUGGUUCACUCCCCAGUGGCCACCAUGGCUGGGGCUGGGCCAGGCGGAAGCCAGGAGUCAGGAGCUCCAUCCAGGUCUCUCACGUGGGUAGCAGGGAGCUGGGUUACAAGUGGAGGAGCCACGGGGCUGGCUCCGUGGUGCAGUAGGUUAAUCCUCUACCUGCGGCACCGGCAUCCCAUAUGGGCACUGGUUCUAGUCCUGGCUGCUCCUCUUCCAGUCCAGCUCUCUGCUAUGGCCUGGGAAAGCAGUAGAAGAUGGACCAAGUGCUUGGGCCCCUGCACCUGUGUGGGAGACCCUGAAGAAGCUCCUGGCUCCUGGCUUUGGAUCAGCCCAGCUCCAGUCGUUGUGGUCAUCUGGGGAGUGAACCAGUGGAUGGAAGACCUUUUUCUCUGUCUCUCCCUGUCCCUGUCUAUAACUCUACCUCUCAAAUAAAAAAAAAAAAAACAACUUUAAACAAGUGGAGGAGCUAGGACUUGAACCCUGCUCCCAUAUGAGAAGCUGGUGUAGCGGGUGCGGUUUAGCCUCCUGCCCCAUAGCGCAGGCUCCCAAAGCGAUGAUUAGUGUGGCUGACAGACAGACAGGAGCAGACUGAGCUCUGUUCCCCGGGACUUCAACGCUGUUGCUCACUGCGGUUUCUCUGCGUCAGUGGGUUAAUUUUGGUUAACUUGCAGUUGUCGUGACCGGUAUAUCCUCUUCUCCAAGAGCUUGAGGCCCGAAGCAGCACCCAGUGGCGCCUGUGCUCGCUGCCCCUCGCUGUGCCCACCCGUGGACUGUCGUCUACAGAUGCUGUGACAUGUGGCUGGCUGACAGGACUGCCGGAUUCCAGGGCCAGUAGAGUGGGCACUAGUGAGGCUUAAUUUCUUAUGUCUUUACAUGAAAAAACCCACAUUUUAUCCCUGCACCCCAGGGAUUACCUUGCGUGUCUUGGAGACCUCCGCAGUCAGCGGUCGAUGGGAAGUUAAGCCGUUUGCUCUCCAAAGUCCUGCGCUGACCACUGGACGAGAUUCGUCCGCUCUUCCUUCAUCAGGAUGAAGUUCAUUUCUUUUAUUUCUUUUUAAGUUUUUAUUUAUUUGAGAGCAGACAGACACAGAGCCUCCUUCCCAGGCUCACUCUCCAGAUGCCCAAAGUAGUCUGGAGUGAGGGAGGCUUGGGGUUGGGAGCCCAGAACUUGGGCUGGGUCUCCCACGUGGGUCGCAGGGACUCACGCACUUGAGCCGUCACCUGCUGGCUCCCAGGUGCACCAGGAGCCAGCAGGAGCCUGCGUAAAAGCCAUCCAGAGCUCAGUGGUUUAAAACAGCAGCACCGCCGCUCCGAGUUUCUGUGCCUCAGACAUCUGCGUGUGGGUUAGCUGGGUCCUGCAGCUCAGGUCUUCCUGGCCAGGGUCUCUUGAGGCUGGGGUGUGUGUGGUACAGUGGUCAGCCGCCUCUUGGGACUCCCAUGUCCCAUGCUGGAGUGCCCAGGUUCAUUGUCCGGUCCACAACCCUGGAAGGGAGCAGCUGACGGCUCGAGUGCUUGGAUCCCUGCUGCUCUCACGGGAGACCCAGGUGGGGCUCCGGGCUCCUGGCUUUGACUUUGCUCUGUGCUGAGGACAUCUGGGGAGUGAGCCAGUGGAUGGAAGAUCUCACCUUCUCUCUCUGCCUUUCAAAUAUAGGAAGAAAUAAAUAACUUUUUAAAAAGGAAAAAA